AUGAUAACGGGUGACAAUCCAUUGACUGCAUGCCAUGUGGCUAAGGAAUUACGAUUUACUCGAAAGCCAUUACUUGUAUUAACAUCACCAACAAAUAUUGAUGAAGAAUGGAUGUGGAAAUCAGUAAAUGAGGAUAUAACGCUUUCUAUGUUACCUAAUAACACCAAAGAAUUUAUUCGAACGUACGAUCUGUGUGUGACAGGAGAGGGUUUAUCACAUUUAACAUCAUCGGUUAAGCCAACAUUUUUAAAUUCUAUCAUUUCAUCGGUCAAAGUUUUCGCUCGUGUAUCGCCAAAACAAAAAGAACAAGUAGUCAUCAAACUGAACAAUCUUGGCUACGUCACAUUGAUGUGUGGCGAUGGUACCAAUGAUGUAGCUGCAUUAAAACAUGCUCAUUGUGGUGUCGCUCUAUUGAGUGGUGUAGCUGCAAAACGUGUUGAACAACAAAUUGUCGAGCCAAUAGCCCCUAUCUUACCACCAGUUCCUGCAGACGCAUCCGCUCAUGCUCAGCAACAAGCUAAAAAACGUAUUGAUGAACUUUAUCGUCAAAUGGAUGAAACAGAUCAAACGAUCGUUCGCUUAGGAGAUGCUAGUAUUGCAGCUCCAUUCACAUCUCGUACAUCGACAAUACAGUGUGUCUGUCACAUUAUAAAACAAGGACGCUGUACGUUGGUGACAACACUACAAAUGUUCAAAAUUUUAGCAUUAAAUGCCUUAAUAUUAGCGUAUAGCUUGAGUGUAUUAUAUUUGGAUGGUAUUAAGUUUAGUGAUGGACAACAUACUAUGCAGGGAUUGUUACUAGCUGGAUGUUUUUUAUUUAUAUCUCGUUCUAAACCGUUAAAAACAUUAGCACGUGAACGACCAUUACCAAAUAUUUUCAAUUUUUACACGUUACUUACUGUUUUAACACAAUUUGCUGUUCAUUUAACAUCACUCAUGUAUGUUGUGCGGCAAGCACACGAUCGAAUACCUCCAAAAACUGAAGAAUUUCCGAACCUUGAAGCAGAAUUUUCACCCAAUCUAGUCAAUACAACUGUAUAUAUUAUGUCUUUAACACUUCAAGUAGCAACAUUUGCAGUCAACUAUCAGGGUAAACCAUUCAUGGAAAGUUUACGUUCAAAUAAACCAUUACUAUAUAGUUUGAUAUUUUCAUUUACACUUGUAAUUAGUUUAAUAUUUAACUUAUUACCUCAAGUUACGGAGCAAUUUCAAAUAGUUAUUAUACCAGAUGACCUGCGAAUCAUAUUUUUCUACGUUGUUUUGGGCGAUAUAGUGACCGCUUACGUUAUUGAUCGCACAUUAAACUAUUUUCUUGGACAAGCAAAAUUGAGACAAUAUUAA